GAUUAAUCCAGUUUCGCGCUGGUGUGAUGCCUAUAUAUUUAGCUUGUUAUCAAAAUACAUACAGUAGCUCGUGCCAAAGAGAUAAUGCACUUUCAAUGGAGUAUCAACUUCCUGGUAUGAUCAUAUUAUGAUAUAUCUUCCAUAUCAGAUGUUCUUGGGUGGAAUAAUUACGGAAUCAGUUGGCACGCAACCCAGUACAACAGUCUCGAAGUACAUUUGUUUACAUAUUGAAAUGGCGUUUCAUAUCUAAUUGAUUGAUGCCAGGUUUAAACUGUGUUCCAGGAAAUAGGUGGAACUGUUUGUAUGUUUCUAAUUUAUGGGGGCAGAAUAGGCGGUUGCACUUCUUUUUUGUGAUUGGUUUUUCAGCCGUGCCCUUCUUUAAAUCGACGGCGGAAGGAUUAUCGAGAAAUUAAACGAUUCAAUGCAAGAUGUCCACUGAAGUCGAGUUUUUGCGUGAUCAAGUACAAAGGCUGAACUCUGCCUUGAGUCACUAUCAGGAUAGGCACCGCUCUGAAGCCACAUCAGCACCACAGGGUGAAGAGGAGACUCACGCAGAGACCCCAGCCCCCUGGCUGUCUGACCAGAGUAUAAUGGCUCCCCUCCUAUCAGAGUAUGACCGUCACAUGGAAGACAUGACUGAACAACUGCAGAGCUACCAGAUGCAGAUGACUGCCAUCAGACUGAAGCUGGACACGGUGGUCAAGGAGAAUGAACGGCUGCAUGCCGAGCUGAGGGAGUCCGUAGAGAGGCAGCUGCAGACCCUCCCAGUCAGUACAGGACCAGGGGUGGAGGGACACACACUGGGGGACGAGGGGCUCAUCAGCAACCUUCACCAACAGAUACAGCUCUCUGUACAGGAGCGAGACCAGGCCAUGGAGCUGUGGCGGGCCUCAGCCCAGGAGCUGGACCGUUUACAGCAGCUCUACCAGAUAACCACCUCUGACGGACAGCUCCAUGUUGCCGAGCAACAGCGCCUCAAGGAUCAACUGAUCCAAUUCCAGCAGCACGUCCAGAAACUCCAAGUUACCAAUCAGAAACUGGAAUCUACCAACCAGCAGUUCCUGAAGACGCUGACAGAACAGAGCACGGAUAUGGAGGAGCUACGCAACCAGCUCAGAUCGGCCAAAGCAGAUCUGAGGAUGGCCACAGCCAAGGUGGAGGAGAUGACCAAGCUGAUGCAGAACGUCCAGGACCAGAUACAGAGACGGGAGGACGAUGCAGCAGAGGCUCAUGGUAGAGAGGAGGCCUCAGAUCGAAGACUCCACCAUCUCCAGUCAGCCCUCAGUCAGCUAGAGGCCAGGUUGAAGGCAGCCAGCCAGGAGGCUGAGGGUGUACGCAGGGAGCAGGUGGUGUGGGAGAGGCAGGUGGGGGAGCUGCAGGUGCGCUGUGCCUCUCUGGAGGAGGAGCGCUACGAGGCCUUCUCCAAGGUCAGAGACUCCAUCCAGCUGGCUGAGGAGGCCUCUCUACAGAAGGACCAGGUCAGACAACCUCCUCUCUACCCCUUCCUUCACACCCUUCACUCCUCUCUGUCCGGUCAGGGACUGUCUGUCAUUCAGCAUAACGCUGCUGAUGGUGAUGGUGGUAUAUAUCUCUGUCCGGUCAGGGACUGUCUGUCAUUCAGCAUAACGCUGCUGAUGGUGAUGGUGGCCCUGUUGAGAGAGAAACAGAAAUCUGAGGAGCUGGACAGGAUGAAUGAAGCCGUCAGACAACUGAUCCAGGAUGCUGCCAUACGCACCAGGAAAGAGGUAGAGAACGUACGUAAACAGUGCAACUCACAGAUCCAUCGGAUGGCUGAGGAGUUGUCGGCUCUACAACUGGAGUGUGCAGAUAAAGAGUCUCAGAUGGAGAGGUCCAUGAGAGAGAUGCGGGCAGUGGAGGAGGAACUGGAGAAGGUGUAUAAGGAGGGUAGAGGAGAGCCAGAGUACAGGAAGAUGGAGGUCCUCCACCAGAGGUCUCUGAAUGCUGAGAGACUGAAGGACGACAUGAACAUCACCCUGCAGAGCACACACAACAAGAUGAAGAAACUGGAGAUGGACUACAGUGAGGAGUUGUCCCGGUGCCAGGAGGAGGUGCGGCGGCUGCAGGGGUCUCUGUCUGCAGCCAGGGAGGACUGCAGCGGGGUCAGCGAGGAGCGGCUCCAGCUGCAGCAGGAGAACAUGCAGCUCCGCAGGGAGAUGGAGGAGCUACGCAAGGCUAGCAUGAUGACCCAGAGGAGAGCUAAGCAGCAGGUUUCCCAGAUGGAGCAGGAGUAUUCCCUAAAGGAGCAGGGUCUGGAUGCCCGGGUCAGGGAGCUGGAGGAAAGCAGUAGGAGCUCCAGUGCUGACCUGACCCGCCUCCUCUCUGCCCAGCAGAAGACCAGCCAGCGCUGGAAAGAGGAGGCCAAGACCCUCACCCUGACCUUCCACACCAAACUCACCAGCCUCAAGGGUGAGCUGAGUCGACAGAAGCAACGUUGUCAGGAACUGGAGAUCCAGCUGGUGACUGACCACGAGACCAUAGUAGAGUACGAGAGGCAGAUGGCAGAGUAUCAGGAGAAGAACAGUCGUCUCCAGAGGCGUUUGACUCAGGCAGAACAGAGGGCAACUACAGCCUCACAACAGCUGAGUGUAAUGACGUCACAGAGGAGAAAAACAUCGUCCAUGGCAGACCUGGAGUCUCUAUAGCGGUGUGCAGGGAUGGAACUUAAGGAUUUUGGGCACUUGUCCGCUGUGCCUUAUAAUAAUACAAAAUCUAACAUUUCACUAGCUGUUGGGCUAAUUGGCUACAUUUUCUACUAGCCAGUCUGAGGUGUACUAGCAUCGGGCUAGCUCAAUUUCCAUCCCUGACUGUGUGCAUUGCCAACCAUUUCUACAGAAAUGUCUGUUAUGGAUUUAUGCCAUUCACUGUGAUGUCUGUUAUUAAAAUAGAUUUAAAUUGUC